AUGUUUUUGUACAACGGCUUGGAUGAUCCGAAGGAUAACGACAGGAUGUCGACUCCAUCGUCGAUGGCAGCUUCCAUGGCGUCUAGCAGGUUGCUCUCGAUACAGUCGUCCUCGAAGCACGCUUUGUACAUCGCCAGGUGUGCGCCGGGGGCCAUCCCGGCCGCCGUCCCGUACGCUUGCCCGAAAACAUUCGCGUUCAGUACGAACACGCCGGCGGCGAUGCUGGCGACUCCCGUGGCCGGUGUAGUCUGUCGGGUUCGAGUCGUUGUAUUUGGAGACGUCGCUGCCCUUGCUGAACGAGCGUGCGCCUAUGAUUUUGCCGUUGCACGUCACGGGUGGUUCACACGUCCCUUGCCACGUGGCGGGUGGACAGGGCAUGUCGCAGUCGCUGAACGAAGGGUGGGUCGGGAAAAUCCCGGUGUCCACAACACCGAUGAUGAUUCCUCGGCCGAAUUGUGUUUGAUUCCAGAUUCCGGCCCGUGGGUUCAGCCCGAGGAAUUCAGGGGAUCGGGUGGUUAA